AAGAAUCUCGGCUACACAUUGGGAUAUAAUCUGCCACUUCACUGUAGCUCUCUUCCUGCACAACGAUCUCGUCUCCUCGAUAAGAUAUCAUACUCAGAUCACUGCUUCUACACGUCGUUAUCAUGGCUAGCAGUGUUCAAAGGCUCAUCGAGGACGGCUGGCACUUUACGCAGAGAGGUGGUGGACUCGGUACGAAGGACGGAGAAUGGAUCGCCGUUUCCCAGUUUCCAACAACGGUUCAUGUGGAAUUGCUUACACUGCGACGUAUUCCGGACCCGUUCAUCGGACUGAACGAAUGGGAAGUUCAGUGGGUUGGAGAGGCGUCAUGGUCAUUCAAAACGGCUUUCGCUGUCUCUGAGGGCGAAUUAGCUUCGCCUCAUGCCGACCUCGUUUUCGAAGGUUUAGACACAUUUGUUGUGAUCUAUCUGAACGGAUCAAAAAUCCACGAGUCGGAUAAUCAGUUCCUUAGCCACCGAAUUUCUGUCAAGGGUGGUUUGAAGGCCGGAGCGAAUGAACUCCUGCUGGAGUUUGACAGCGCCUUCCUCCGGGGAAGAGAAAUCGAGAAGCAGCACGGCAAGCUAGGGCUAUGGAACGGCGACUCCAGCCGGCUUCAUGUUCGCAAGGCACAGUAUAACUAUGGAUGGGACUGGGGACCCGUCCUCAUGACCACUGGACCCUGGCGCCCCAUAUUCCUACACACGUACGAGACUCGGAUUGACGACCUUGACAUCCGUAGCAAAGUUAGCCCAUCAUUGGACGUAUUUUUGUCCGUGGAUUGCACGCUGUCGCAUGAUGUGGCUUGCACCUCAUCUGUCGCGUUGGUCGAUGCCAGCGGAAAUCGUGUGAUCGGCGGAUCCAACCUCACUGUGAAGAACGGGUAUGCUCGCGCGGAGUUUUCUCUGAGCGCGGGGACUGUAGAUCUCUGGUAUCCCGUGGGCUACGGGAAACAACCCAUCUACACUGUGGAGGUGCAAAUCGCAGAUGAGGCUGGCAAGGUGCUAGAUUUCAAGUCGCAGAAAAUCGCGUUCAGGCGCGCUCAAGUAGUGCAGGAGAAGUUGAUUGACCAAGAGGGUUUGACGUUUCUCUUUGAAAUCAACAAUAUACGCGUCUUCUGCGGUGGCUCGAACUGGAUCCCAGCAGAUUCAUUCCUUACCACCAUGACCACCGAUCGUUACAAAGCAUGGCUUAAACUCCUCGUGGAUGGGAACCAAAAUAUGAUCCGAGUAUGGGGAGGUGGCAUAUACGAGCCUGACCUAUUCUACGACUUGUGCGACGAGAUGGGAAUUCUAGUUUGGCAAGACUUCAUGUUCGGAUGCGGCCAGUACCCGGCAUACGACUCUUUUCUUAAAUCGGUGACCAAAGAAGCCGAGCAAAAUGUCAAGAGAUUGAGGCAUCAUCCGUCAUUGGUUAUCUUCGCUGGUAACAACGAAGAUUAUCAGAUCGCUGAAUCUUUACAUCUUGAGUUGGACUACUCGGAUGAAACGUCGGACUUCCGAAAGACGAACUUCCCCGCACGCCACAUCUACGAGCGAGUUCUGCCCUCCGUCGUGGAGAAGUACUCAGAUGUCUUCUAUCACCGUAGUUCCCCUUACAGUGGCCAAGGACAGCCAACGACUGAUAAAACACUCGGUGAUCUUCAUCAGUGGAACGUAUGGCACGGAUCCCAGGAGCCAUGGCACAAUUGGGAUAUCCUUGCCGGUAGAUUCGUCUCAGAGUUUGGCAUGGAGGGCUACCCAAACAUCCGUACAGUUGACUACUGGCUAGGAGGAGACAAAACUGAGCGGUACCCGCAGUCAAGGGUGAUGAAUAAUCAUAAUAAAGCAGACGGGUUUGAGCGUCGUCUUGAGUUAUACUUGAUGGAAAACUUCAAGCACGCCUUCGACAUCGAGAGCUACGUUUAUUACACACAGGUGAUGCAGGCCGAAACCUUGGCUGCAGCAUAUCGUCUGUGGCGACGGAAUUGGAAAGGUAAGGGCCGAGAAUAUACAGCAGGUGCUCUCGUGUGGCAGAUCAACGAUUGUUGGCCUACCACGUCGUGGGCGAUCAUCGAUUACUUCCUGCGACCGAAGCCCGCCUAUUUUGCCAUAGCAAGGGAACUGCGCCCGUUCACCGUCGGCAUGACGCGCAAGGAGAAGAAGACAUACAAGGACGAUCGUAGUGCCGCUAAUUUCACGAUCAAGACCGUCCUGGAGGUAUGGGGAACAAACCGGACGCUUUCGGACAAGAGCGCAAAUCUCGAGGUUACGUUCUAUGAUCUCGAGUCAGACUGGAAGGAUCAAUGGUGCAAGGACGUGGUGCUCGCAUCUAACCAGGCGACCGAGUUAUAUCAGGGUGAACUGUCCGGACAGCCCACAAGAACGAAGCUCAGCGAGGUACCGAAAACUAUCGUUGUUUCGGCACGACUGGUGGAUGAAGGUGGUGCGGUGCUCGGACGGUAUUCAAACUGGUCAGUUCCGCCGUUUAUGGGCGAAUGUCAGAUGUUUGAAGCCUUGGAUAUUGCCAGGCCCGAGCCGUUCAAGUUCAUCAAGUUCCCAGAUCGUGAUUCGGUGGGACUGAAGGUUACUAUGGGCACUGACGGCGAAAGCGUUGAACUGAGCUCCAAGAAACCGAUCAAAGGCAUCAUUCUUGAUGUAGAGGGCGAAGAUGUUGAAUGGAGCGACCAGGCAAUCGAUCUUGUGCCUGACGAUCCACAGAUAGUGCGGGCAAAAGGGCUCAAGGGUCGGAAGGUCCGUGCACGGUUUCUCGGUGAUGGUUCGGCAUAGUUUCCAUUGACUCUAGACUGAUGCCUGUGAUGCACUACGAAUAUUGAUUGUGCGUCGCUUCGUUUGCCCCGCCCCCUGACGGUGCCACAUUGAGAUAUGUUACCUGAGCUCGCUCAAGUAUCUCUCAACCCGGAAAUUAAUAAGCAGCGUGUGCAGUGCGGAUUACUUAUAAUGAAUCACG